GGGUAUAGACCAGUGGUCAGCCGGUCGGGGAAGGGACUGGCUGGGAUGCAAAGCUUUGGCAUUCAGUGCAGUGCAGGCUAAGGGGGCGCUCGCAACGGGACCGGCAGCGCACCAAAAUGUCGUGUAUAUACAGCAACAAGAGCAGGGACGCCCAGGAUGGCGAGCAGCAGGUGGGCGAGGAGGGCAUGAUCUACGGCGAGUACUUGAUGCUGGACCGCGUGCUGAGCGCGCAGAGGAUGCUGUCCGAGCAGAACGGCAGGGCGGUGCACGACGAGCACCUCUUCAUCGUCACACACCAGGCUUACGAGCUAUGGUUUAAGCAAAUAAUUUUCGAGCUGGAUUCGGUGCGAGCUCUAUUCAACAGUAGCAAGGGGUUAGACGAGACCCUGACGUUGGAGAUUUUGAAACGUCUUCACAGGAUCGUCCUUAUUUUGAAGUUAUUGGUGGACCAGGUCAUGAUCCUCGAAACUAUGACUCCCCUCGAUUUUAUGGACUUCCGGAACUACCUGUGCCCAGCGUCGGGCUUCCAGAGUCUGCAAUUCAGGCUGUUGGAAAACAAGCUCGGAAUGAAACAGGAGCAGCGAGUGCGCUUCAACCAGCGGUACAGCGCCGUGUUCGGCGACGACCCCUCGGCCGUGGACGCCAUCACCCGGUCGGAGGAGGAGCCGAGCCUGGCGCAGCUCGUGCAGCGCUGGCUGGAGCGGACCCCGGGGCUGGAGGCGGAGGGCUUCGACUUCUGGGGCAAGUACCGCCAGGCCGUGGACCAGAUGCUCGCGCAGCAGCACGACGCGGCCAUGACCGCGGACACGGACUUGCGCCGCAAGUUCCUGCUCAACGACGUGGCGCAGCGGCGCGAGGUGUUCGACAGCGUCUUCUCGCCCGACACGCACGAGCUGCUGCUGCAGCGCGGCGAGCGCCGCUUCUCGUACCGCGCGCUGCAGGGCGCCAUCAUGAUCACCUUCUACCGGGACGAGCCGCGCUUCAGCCAGCCGCACCAGCUGCUCACCCUGCUCAUGGACAUCGACUCGCUCAUCACCAAGUGGCGCUAUAAUCACGUGAUAAUGGUGCAGAGGAUGAUAGGUUCUGCACAACUUGGUACCGGCGGAUCUUCGGGUUACCAAUACCUGCGGUCCACUCUAAGCGACCGCUACAAGGUAUUUUUGGACCUUUUCAAUCUGUCAACAUUCUUAAUACCGAGGGACUACAUACCACCACUUACAUCACAUAUGAAGAUUGCUCUAGCUGGUUCCUGGGGCCAGCCAUUAUCAGAAAAACAGGAGGAUGAAAGUUCCCUCGAACGCUCAGUGGAAGCCUCCAUUUGAAGAGGUGAAAUAGAUAUGAAGAUAAAUAUGAAUCAAAACAGUGGAGUAUAAUUUGGAUAGGAAUAACCAGACAAGAUUUUUUUUUAAACAAAAAGUUGUUUAAUGAACAACUCCCUCACAGAGAGAAAAUAAAUUAUAACAGAAUUGUCUUAAAAGAGUAUGAAAUGAAAAGGUCUAAUGAAAUGGAAA